GAGGUAGGAUGGGAAAUUCUUUUUCUUUUUUAAAGAAAGAAAUAAAAGCAAGUUUAUCUUCUCCCCUCCCCUCCCCUCCCGGCAAGGGCGGCAAGCAGCGGCGGCAAUGAAUUGAAAUGCUCGGCGUCGGGGUAGGACUAGGAGCUGCCCCUGCCCCUGCGCUUCCAGUUGCAGCGGUGGUCGUCGCGCCUCGCAAACCCCUUCCCCUCUCCUCCUCCUUUUCUUACCCCGUGCAAACCCUCCUCCGCCGCAACAGGAGGGCUGCUGCCAAACGGGAAGAUGGGAGCAGAAGGUGGUGGUCCGACGACGACGGCUACGAUUACCAUCAGGACGAGGAAGAGGAAGAGGAGGACGACCAAGAUUACCAAGAGGAUGAGGAUGAGUUCCCCUUCCCCAGCUUGGGCUCCCAGCUGUUCGACGAGCCAUGGUUCUCCAAGGUCUUUAAGACUUACGGGUACCUGCUCCCGGUAAUGCUGGCGUCCAUGUUGGUUGCAACCGGGCCGAGGGCUUUCCUGAUGGCAAUGGCGAUCCCGCUCGGUCAGUCUGCCAUAUCGUUUCUGCUCGACGCCAUAUGGGGAAGGAGAAGAAGCAACAGCCGGUGGCAACCACCAUUCGAGGAGGAAAAAGAUUUUCCCGAGUACAGUACUGACUUUGCAACAGGUGGUCGAGGAAACAGAGACAACAACAGUAGCUAUUAUGGGAGGAGGCAGUCAUGGGUUUCAGAAGAUGAUGAUUUUGCUGGUGCUACUUCUGACGGCACCAAGAGCAGCAGCAACGGCAGGGGAGGUAGUAAAAGCGGCGGCGGCUUUGGAGGAUGGGAUGAACUCCUCCAUGACGAUGACAAGCCAUCCCCUGGUGCUGGUGGCUACAGUAGGUAUUACAGCAAGGGGUCGACUCCUCAUGCGAGUGGUGGUGGAGAGGAUGAUGCUGCUGCCAGCCGGAGAGUGGGAGGGGGAGUGGGGGCUCCUUCACCUCCAGCAAGGAGGAGAGCGAGAGGAGGACGAAUGUCGGCGAGUAGCAAGUACAAGCAGGCGCCAUUGUUGAUGCGCUUGCUGGUGGCAAUGUUUCCAUUCCUGGGGUCAUGGUUCAGGCUACUCUGACAAUAUAAUGAUAUAAUGUAUGUGUUGUUCAUUA